GGAGUGGGGGGUCAUGGAAAUCUGAUCCUCUUAUCCUGACCACAACACAAAGGAAACCAGUAAGUAGCAACCAAACACAUCCAUGCCAAGUGGUGAAACUCAAAAAACACAGCACACAAACUACUAAGCAUGGCGGGGAUCGUCGGAACUUCCUCCAUUGCAGCACUCUUGGCCUCUACACCCUUUGCCUCUCACUCAUCCAAGAAUUCCUCUUUCUAUCUUCCUGUAGCUCCUGGGGUGAGUUCGGGGAGGAAAUUCUAUGGAGGGAUUGGAGUUCCUCUCAAGAAAGGGCGGUCUCAAUUCAGUGUCUCAAUUUCUAAUGUUGCCACUGAGAUUAGUCCUGCCCAAGAACAGGUACAGAAGCUUGCCGCUUCCAAGGAGAGCCAGAGGCCAGUUUAUCCUUUUGCAGCUAUAGUUGGGCAAGAUGAGAUGAAAUUGUGCCUCCUCUUGAAUGUGAUUGACCCAAAGAUAGGAGGUGUGAUGAUCAUGGGUGACAGGGGAACAGGAAAGUCUACAACUGUUAGGUCGUUGGUGGAUUUACUCCCCGAAAUCAAAGUAGUCUCUGGCGAUCCAUUUAAUUCAGAUCCUGAGGAUGCGGAAGUGCAGGGACCAGAAGUACGGGAUAAACUUAUGAAAGGCGAUGAACUCGCUGUUGUCUUCACCAAAAUCAACAUGGUCGAUUUGCCUUUGGGCGCUACAGAAGAUAGAGUUUGUGGUACAAUUGAUAUUGAGAAGGCCCUUACUGAAGGUGUGAAGGCAUUUGAGCCUGGUCUUCUUGCAAAAGCCAACAGAGGAAUUCUUUAUGUGGAUGAGGUCAAUCUUUUGGAUGACCAUUUAGUAGAUGUUUUAUUGGAUUCUGCUGCCUCUGGUUGGAACACCGUCGAGAGGGAGGGAAUCUCGAUUUCACAUCCAGCCAGAUUCAUACUCAUUGGAUCAGGAAAUCCAGAAGAGGGUGAACUUAGGCCGCAGCUUCUUGAUCGAUUUGGAAUGCAUGCACAGGUUGGGACAGUGAAGGAUGCUGAACUCCGAGUUAAAAUUGUGGAGGAGAGAGCCCGAUUCGAUAGAAAUCCCAAAGAAUUCCGUGAGUCUUACAAGGCAGAGCAAGAUAAGCUCCAGCAACAAAUUGCGUCCGCCAGGAGCGGUCUCUCGUCUGUUACAAUUGAUCAUGAACUUAGAGUUAAAAUCUCCAAGGUCUGUGCUGAGCUGAAUGUUGAUGGAUUAAGAGGCGAUAUAGUCACGAAUAGGGCGGCAAGAGCUCUGGCUGCCCUAAAAGGAAGAGAUAAAGUAACUGCUGAGGAUAUUGCGACUGUCAUCCCUAACUGCUUGAGGCAUCGACUUCGUAAGGAUCCGUUAGAGUCAAUUGACUCAGGCUUACUUGUGAUUGAGAAAUUCUAUGAAGUUUUUAGCUGAGGGAGGUAACUUUUGCAUUAGUAUCUCAUUUUUGUUACAACUGUACUGCAAAUGCUACUAUUGACUUUUGAUAUCAAUUUCUACUCAACUCAAAGUGAUCGACUCUAGAGCUACAAAAGAACAGAUAGGCUUGAGUAUAAGAUGAUCUCUUUUAUUGAUGAAAUUUACAUUUUGUAACAUGCUGUUAUUAAAGCUGAUGAACGAAUGUUUAUGGCUGAUGUAAGAUAUGUGAUUUCUGCUCGGGCUUCA